AUGGGGGAUCAAAAGACAGGCUCAGGUGGAAAAAGACUGAAAAGACAAUCUGUUGAGAGCCUGUGCUAUCAGAAGAAGCCUUCGCUCCACUUCUGGUUCCAGUUCCUGCUUCUGCUUUGUCUCCUGGUCUUCAUUUUGUGUUUUUACCUGUUCAACCUCACUUUGUCAUGGCAGGAGAAAUUUCUACUGCACAGACAACAAUGGUUCUUCAAUAAGUCCAAUCAAGUUAAUGUAUCAGCUUAUAAAGUUCAUCCAAAGCACAAAGCUGUCAUUCCUGAAAUCUACAAAACCACAGGCCCUCCUACUGUGCAUCCUGAAGGUAUCCAGUACCACCAAGCCUAUCCACGCAACUACCGUUUUAUUAUUGAUAACCCAGAGACUUGCCAAAAAGAAACCCCUUUCCUGGUCCUGAUGGUUCCAGUAGAACCAAGUAACGUUCAAGCUUGGGAUGCAAUCCGGCAGACAUGGGGAAAUGAAAGCCUGGUUCAGGGGCAGUUGGUGGCCACUUUGUUCAUGUUGGGUCGAUCUGGUGAAGAUGAUUCUGAGAAGCUGAAACAGGAGAAUUUACAGCAUCAUGACUUGAUCCAGAGUGACUUCAUGGACACGUAUGUUAAUCUGACCAUCAAAACCAUGGUGAUCAUGGACUGGUUGACCACACGCUGCCGUAAUGCAACCUACACCAUGAAGGUUGACUCUGACAUGUUUCUGAACAUUGACAAUCUGGUGAUCAUGCUAAAAAAAGCAGAAAUCCCCACGAAGGAAUACCUGACAGGGAAUAUUAUGUGGAACAUCCCAGUAAUCCGUUCAAAGGAUUCAAAGUGGUAUGUUCCAGAGGAGAUGUUUCCUGAUUCUAAAUACCCAACAUACACUAUGGGUAUGGGAUAUAUCUUUUCCAAUGAUCUUCCAGAGAAAUUUGUAGAGGUCUCAAAAAUGAUAAAACCCUUUAACAUAGAGGAUGCUUAUAUUGGAAUGUGCAUGAAAAAGCUAGAACUUGAACUCACACCUCCACCCAAUCCGUCCCAGUUCAAGACUUAUAACACAAAGUACAACCGCUGUGAGUACUCGCAGAUAAUCACCUACAUUCUUGGAUCUCCACAAGAGUUGGUGAACUAUUGGACAGAUUUAAAGAAGCCUGGACCGCACUGUUAGGAUGAUAUAUUAUACAGAAGCACUGAGAAAUUAAUUAUUGGGGUUCCAGGAUUUUGAAGGUGAACAGAAUGUACUGUAGUACAAAAAGAAAACUUUAUCUUUUUAAAGUUGUUUUUGUGUUUAAAACUCUUUCCUGACUUCUGGA